AGUGAGUCAAACUCUUAUGAAACAAAGUAGUGCAGCUGCAGAAAACAGGUACAGGGAGACGAGAGAGAUUCUCUGGCUGAUCUACAGGCAACCGCUAGGCACACGACAAUUUCCUGCACACCAAAACCAAAGGAAGAUAUGCUACUUUCUUUGGGCUUGACAUAGAUAUCACCCCGGCGGAGCCAGCACAAGAAUACCAUGGCCCGAAAUUCCAUCCACUGGUUCCGAAAAGGCCUCCGUCUCCAUGACAACCCUGCACUACGGGAGGCUGUUCGAGGUGCAGACACAGUACGCUGCGUUUACUUCUUAGACCCAUGGUUCGCAGGCUCCUCUAAUGUCGGUGUCAACAGGUGGAGGUUCCUCCUGCAGUGUUUGGAAGAUCUGGACGCCAGCCUUCGCAAGCUCAACUCUCGCCUUUUUGUCAUCAGGGGCCAACCUGCCAAUGUUUUCCCACGGCUUUUCAAGGAGUGGAAGAUCUCUCGACUAACCUUUGAAUACGAUUCCGAGCCUUUUGGCAAGGAGAGAGAUGCUGCCAUCAAGAAGCUGGCCAUGGAGGCCGGAGUGGAGGUCAAUGUCAAGAUAUCGCACACACUCUAUGACCUCGACAGGAUCAUCGAGCUGAACGGCGGGCAGCCUCCUCUCACUUACAAGCGUUUCCAGACGCUGAUCAGUCGACUGGAUCCUCCUGAGAUGCCUGCUGAGACGAUGACUGACUCCACCAUGGGUGGCUGUGUGACACCCAUCUCAGACGACCAUGGAGACAAAUAUGGAGUUCCAUCCCUGGAGGAACUAGGCUUCGACACUGAGGGCCUGCCUACUGCUGUGUGGCCAGGAGGGGAAACUGAGGCUUUGACCAGGAUUGAGCGCCACCUUGAAAGAAAAGCUUGGGUGGCGAAUUUCGAGCGUCCUAGAAUGAACGCCAACUCGCUGCUAGCCAGUCCAACGGGCCUCAGCCCCUACCUACGCUUUGGCUGCCUUUCCUGUCGCCUUUUCUACUUCAAGCUCACUGACCUCUACCGCAAGGUAAAGAAGAACAGCUCCCCUCCGCUCUCUCUGUAUGGUCAGUUAUUGUGGCGCGAGUUCUUCUACACCGCAGCGACCAACAACCCGCGCUUUGACAAGAUGGAGGGGAACCCCAUUUGUGUGCGCAUCCCCUGGGACAAAAACCCUGAGGCACUUGCCAAAUGGGCAGAGGCUAAGACAGGCUUUCCCUGGAUCGACGCCAUCAUGACUCAGCUGAGGCAGGAGGGCUGGAUCCAUCACCUGGCCAGACACGCGGUGGCCUGUUUUCUCACCAGGGGUGACCUUUGGAUCAGCUGGGAGGAAGGAAUGAAGGUCUUUGAGGAGUUGCUGCUGGACGCAGACUGGAGCGUGAACGCAGGCAGCUGGAUGUGGCUGUCCUGCAGUUCAUUUUUCCAACAGUUUUUUCACUGCUACUGCCCUGUGGGCUUUGGGAGGCGUACUGACCCUAAUGGGGACUUCAUCAGGCGUUACUUACCUGUCCUCCGAGGUUUUCCUGCUAAGUAUAUCUACGACCCAUGGAACGCCCCCGAGUCGGUGCAGGCUGCGGCCAAGUGUGUAAUCGGCGUCCAUUAUCCCAAGCCCAUGGUUCAUCACGCUGAGGCGAGCCGGCUCAACAUUGAGAGGAUGAAGCAGAUCUACCAGCAACUCAGCCGAUACAGAGGACUGGGCCUGCUGGCGUCAGUGCCGUCCACGAAUGGCAAUGGAAAUGGAGGAAUGAUGGCUUACUCUCCUGGAGAGCAGCAGCCAGGGACCAACGGCAACAGUAACACCGUGCAUUUACCUGCAGUGUCAGGGAGCUCCGUUGCAACCAGUAACGGCAGCGGGAGCAUUCUGCUCAAUUUUGACAGUGAAGAACAGACGCGACCUAAUAGUGUUGGACAACGACAGCAACCACUACAGCAGUGUGUUUGCCAGGCCUGCUGGCGUCAGUUUUACCACUCAGUGCCAGACACCAGCCAGAUCAUCACCAGCAGUCGACUCUACCAUGAGUUUGCUGUGCCUCAACACCCAGGAAUCUUCUUGCACACCAGGGGAGGCAGCAUCACAGGGAAACGGGAGCGAGAGAGUGAACGUGAAGGUUCAGGAGAGGAAGAGACGGCGUCCUGCUCUCUGCAUAAAAUGCAGAGGCAGAGUGCACAGACCACCCCGAGUCAGUGACAGCUACACUGACGUUAUUGUCCAGGCAGCAGAGAAAGGAAAAUCCAACAUCAAUCUGUCAUCAACAAACAGGUCCAGACACGACAUCGGCACGUCUGAAACUGCUGUUGACCUGACAACGAAAGAACCACGUAGACCUGAAGUCUUUUUAUCUGAACAUGAGUAUUUCAGAGAAAAAAAGCGACACUGAAUAUAAGCCACGCCCACAGUUGGUUAACAUGCCGUAAUGACAGGCACUGGACCAGUUAUUCCAACCUUCAUCCAUCGUCGCUCUAAUCCACGGUCCAUGCACACCUGGUCCCCCCCCCUUCCUCCCCCCAUAUUUUCACUCUCACAGUUUGCUAAUUAUAGCAUUUGUUUUCAUAAACUGAGGCUUUAUUUCCGUGAAGUACGGAGUAACAUGAUGUUGUUUUUCUGGAACCUGCGGCCUCCAGCCGACAACGUGACCCAGGUUUAACCCCAGAACAGUACAGUAGGCCGGGGUGUUCUCCGUGUUUUCUCCAUGCUCCAUGUUACACAGGCGACCUCAGCUUAGAAACCGACUUAAUACUUUGAUACACACGUGUGUGUGUGUGGACGUGUCUCAGGCGGUCAACGAAAAAGCGCUUGUAAAUAGGCUAACAAAACAACAGAGUCCAGGAUGCCAAUGGUGUAUUCAUCAUUAUUAUUAUUAUUAUUAUUAUUGUUAUUAUUGAUACAGUGACAUCAGUCCAGUUUGUACACACGUUACUAGCUUUGAAGGUCAUUUCAGGAGGCAAGCACAACGUCCUGGAGGUCCAGUAGAGCAGGUCCUUCACCACGACACAGAUUUACCCUUGUUUUAAUGGGAACACUGUACCACUCUUUGAUUUGUACCGGCAGCUACAAGGUGUGAUUACUUUUUUCUUUCAGUAUUCAGUGGACGUAGUACGUAUUAGUACUUCAGCUUUGUGCAUUUACACAUGUAGCUCUCUGUGUUGUUUAUACUUAGUGGUGAUGUGGCUUUCUUUUGUGCUUUUCUUUUUCUUUUUUUUUUUCUUUUUGUUUUUUUAGAAGUUAGCUGAACACACACACUCACACUGGGUCAAGUCAUUUUCACACCACUGUUGUAAAUAAACAGAUUCUAUCAUGAUGGGCAGACAAACAUGAGCGGGCUCUGUUCUGUGCAGUGACCCAGAAAUACAGUUAUCACUGCUUUACUUUUUUUAACGUCUGACUCAGUAAGAACUGGGUCACAGUGUCUGUCUCCUGAAGACAGAUUUACAGGCACUUCAUGAAGAGAACGUCCCCACACACUGCUGCCCACUGUUCACGUUGGUGAUGGGUUAAAGCAGAGGUCACAUUUGGUUGUGUGUAGUGAUCAGCUGUGUCACAAUCACAAGGAGUUCGCUUUCCUUUCCUUCAAAGCAUCACAGAUUAAAAUAAUGUGUAAAAAUGACGCAGUUUGGCGGUUUUGGACGACUCAGCCUCUCCAGACUAAAACCCUGGGUUUUUCAUUUGAUGGGAACUUGGAUGUGUAUGUGUGUUUUACAUUCUGCUGUGAAACAACCAGAUCAAGUGUAAUGUCACAUGAUUACAUGAUAUCUCAGAGACAGACUCAACAGAAAUGAAUGGAGAAAAUAAGAGAACUUUGGUGAAAAAUAAACCAAGAGAAACCAAUUCUGUAAAUCCAUCUAAUGGAGGAUUUCCUCAGUAGGAAUAGAAACUGGCUAUGAAUUAUUAUUUACAAUCCAGCGGCUGUUGACCAUCACCAGCCUUUAGUUAUAUUUAAAUAUUACCUGUAGUCUACAAUUGCUAAAAAUCAAAAAUCAUUAAAAUGAAGGAACGACUUAAAUGAUGUACAAUUUAAAUUAAAAAAAAAUAGUGUAAGUAUUUCAGUAUUUGAAAUGUAUGCUUAAUGCAUACACUCGGAGUAAUAAAACCCAAAUAACCCUAACCUUUUAUACACAUAUAUGUGUAUAAAUAUAUAUAUAUAUAUUUAUAUCUAUAUAUAUUUAUAAAUAUAUGUAAAGGUGUUUGUACAUAUGUGUAAAUAUAUAUAGAUAUAUUGGUAUAUAUACUGUAUGCAUACAGAGACAUUAACGCAGCCUUAACGUAUGCAGGUUUUCAUUUUUUUCACAAAUCUGCUGACUUAUAUAAUAACAAACUUAAUAUAUUUGGAAACGUAACUGUAAAAGGAGAAGUGAGAGAGAGUGGUUUCCAACUUGGUUUUGUCGACUCUCUGCUUAUUCUUUUGGUUUCCCACAUUCCCCCAACCUGAGAACGGGAGCGUCAGGAGGCGGGACCCGACCAGCAGCACCAGAACCUGUGUACCUCUGUAGUGCUUCUGUGUUAUAGUUCUCUGUGUCCUCAGGAAGAUUCAACACUGCUUGUACUUUUUGUAAGUUUUUAUUGCUUUUGUUUUUCUUUCUAUUCGUUCUCCGUGACAUGAAGGUGAAAACACACGCUCGCUGUGACAUCGUGCUAUCUCCGUCUCUCCUCGUGUUGUGAAAGGCUUUCUAUCGUGACAGAACAUUAAAAUUGUUACAACUUCAUCGUCA